GGCGGUGAUUGGCCGCGGGGCCUGCCCGUCAGCGCCCGCGCCGUUCCGGGUGUCGGUGCGGCGGCGGGCGCAGCAUGAGGCGGGUGACGCUGUUCGUCAACGGCAGCGCCCGCAACGGCAAGGUGGUGGCUGUGUAUGGGACUCUCUCAGAUUUGCUGUCUGUGGCCAGCAGCAAGCUCGGGAUCAAAGCCACCAGCGUUUACAACGGGAAAGGGGGGCUCAUCGAUGAUAUUGCUUUGAUCAGGGAUGAUGAUGUUCUGUUUGUCUGUGAAGGGGAGCCCUUCAUUGACCCUCAGACUGACAGCAGAGCUCAGGAGGAGCUGACAGGGUCCCACACGGACUGGCUGACCCUCAAUGUGGGGGGCAGAUAUUUCACCACCACCAGGAGCACUUUGGUUAACAAAGAACCUGACAGCAUGUUGGCACACAUGUUCAAAGACAAAGAUGCUUGGGGGAAUAAGCAAGAUCCUAGAGGAGCUUUCCUCAUUGACCGCAGUCCCGAGUAUUUUGAGCCCAUUUUGAACUAUUUGCGUCACGGACAGCUCAUUGUAAAUGAUGGCAUUAAUUUGCUAGGGGUUCUGGAAGAGGCCAGGUUUUUUGGGAUCGACUCCCUCAUUGAACACCUGGAAAUUGCCAUUAAGAACUCGCAGCCAGCCGAGGAUCACUCUCCCAUCUCUCGAAAGGAAUUUGUCCGGUUCCUGCUGGCAACACCCACCAAGUCUGAGCUGCGCUGCCAGGGUCUGAAUUUCAGUGGAGCCGACCUUUCCCGCCUGGACCUGCGCUACAUCAACUUUAAGAUGGCAAAUCUGAGCCGCUGCAACCUGGCCCACGCCAAUCUGUGCUGUGCCAACCUGGAGAGAGCUGACCUCUCUGGAUCCGUGCUGGAUUGUGCAAACCUGCAGGGGGUGAAGAUGUUGUGUUCCAACGCAGAGGGAGCGUCCUUGAAGGGCUGCAACUUUGAAGACCCAUCGGGCCUUAAAGCUAAUUUGGAAGGUGCCAACCUGAAGGGUGUGGACAUGGAGGGCAGCCAGAUGACCGGGAUCAACCUGCGAGUGGCCACGCUGAAGAACGCCAAACUCAAGAACUGCAACCUGAGAGGAGCCACGCUGGCAGGGACUGACCUGGAGAAUUGUGAUCUGUCAGGUUGUGACCUACAAGAAGCGAAUUUGAGGGGCUCUAACGUGAAAGGAGCCAUCUUUGAGGAGAUGCUGACGCCCCUGCACAUGUCCCAGAGUGUCAGAUAGGGGCCAGAGCGCGCUGAAGAGGAAGGAACCCAAACACCCAUCGUGACUUUCUUCACCUCCUCCCCUUCCUGAGUUCAAGUCAUGGUUAUUAGCCACCUUACAUUUGCAGUAGUGCCUAGGUAAACUCUUUUUUGAUCACUUUUGGGGAGGGAAUUUUUGUUUUCAGGGGUACCAACAGAGAGUUUGUACCUCUGUGAGCAGAGUGAGGAAGUGAGCUGGUGCUGAAACCAGAGCGUGGCUGGUUCUGGGAGGGGGGAAGGGGUUCAGUGGUUUCAUUGUUUAGCAUUGCCUCACUUUGGAACGCAUUUUAAUUUAUAAAGCACAAUAUAUGCAAUUCUAUUUAUUGAAUCUGUAGCUGCAAUAUGAAUAGAAGAGGUUACUCCUGUACAGUAGCAACCAAGUGGAGGUUUACAGGUGUAUUUGCAGUCUGUGGCCGUGCCAGGGCGGGCUCAGAGUCCCCAGGGGUGCUCAGGUCUCUGCUGGGGUGGAAGCUGCUGGGAAAUGAGCUAUCUUUAAUUAAUCCUCUCCAAACGAGUGUGGAGGUGCAGUCAGUCACAGCUGGUGAAUAAAAAUCCUGUUUUUAGAGUCCUGCAGCUGGAGCUCUGCAGUUUCACCCUCUGAGUGAGUGCAGGGCAGAGAGGAGAGCACAGAGCUGGCACCAAAGAGAGAGAGAGGCAGGGGGGCUCAGCAGUGACCCUGCCCUGUGUCCCCUCCGUGUACUAUGCAAAAAGACUCCUGAAACCUCCCUGGGCAUCGUCCUUGGCCCAGCUGGACCUUCCUGGUCCUUUUGGGCUGUAAAAGUGUCUCACCUGUGGCCAGGUGCCCUCUGUGCCCGCUGUGCCCGUGCAGGGAGCAGCUGCAGCUGCUUUUGUGUGGGAAUUGUGCAGGGCAGAGGCCUCAGCACCCCUGGGUGUGGAUAAGGAGCUGCUUCCCUGCAGGACCCACGGAGUUCUCAGCUCACACCACCUUUAUUUUAACACAAUCAAAGAGCACAUGAAGAAACUAUACCAAAAAAUUAAAAUAGAAAAGAAAAAAGGUGCAUCAAGAACUUACCUCAGAUGCUUAAACCACCCCAAAGUUAAAACUAACCUUGAAUUUAAGGAAAUCAAGCUGUUACUGUAGAAAUACAAAGGAGGAAUAAGAACCAGUGGACCCCCCUGGAGUUCCACAGUUCUUCUCAGGGGGCUGCGUCUCCCUUGCAGUGCAAUUUCUGUUCUGUAGUCUCAGUUGUUGUUACAAAAAUGCUGCUUUGCCACCGGAACGGGGGAGCAGUGCAGGCUGGGGAUCAAGAGAGCUGCAGGAUUCUCCCUCCUUUCCAAGCUGGAUUGACUCAGGCAGGCGACAGGAACUUGCCAGGUUCAAAAUCCCAGAGCUGCGAAGGUCAGAACUGGGAUUAUUUCCUGCAGAUCCCUCUGGAUCAGGCUCUAGGACAACACCAGAUCCUUGGAGAAAUGACCUGUAGAUCGCAGGGAAAUGUUGCAGUGUGAUUUGGAGUCCUUUCUCCCACCUCAUGCUUUCAGUGGGAACCUUGUGUCUGUUUGCAGUAGGAGAAGAUUCCUAGGGCUAGAGAAACAAAUGAAUUAUUUUUCUUUAUCAUAUUUUGUAGCUGGCAGAAGUAAAACUAUUGUAUGGAAUAUAUCUAUAUAUAUAUCUAUAUAUAUCUAUUUUCAUAAUCACUGUGUAUAAAAUCUCUCUGAACUUUCACUGGAGCACUAUGGAAUAAUCACAGCAUGUGGCACCAUCAUUCACAGCUGGAUUUUGGGGACCUCUUCUGCCAGGACUGAGCUGUGUCAGGAGCCCUGUGCAGAAUUUGCAGGUUCCAGCUAAUUUAAGUUGCAUUAAUAAAAAAGUGUGAAAGAGAAAAGCGGCUUG